UGCUGUACCUAACAGAGAGGGGGAGGAAGAUCACACCCAGGGAGAGGCAGGCACAACUGGGGGGUACUGUGCAAGGAUGGCAACACUGGUGGAGCCAGGAGCGGACAUUGACCCAUCAUACAGCAUCCUCAACCCUACAUCUACCUCCCCCAGCCUGUCUCACAGAUUCCUAGACAAUAAAUUUUACCUGCUGGUGGUGAUUGGAGAAAUAGUGACAGAGGACCAUUUGAGGUGUGCUAUCACCAAUAUAGAGAGAGGUAUCCGAUCAUGGGACACAGACCUCACUGAAUGCAACUUAGAUCAAGAACUAAAGCUCUUUGUAUCCCGUCACUCAGCGCGGUUUUCCGCAGAAAGCAGAGGUCAAAAAAUCCUUCACCAUCGAAGUGAUGUUUUAGAAACAGUUGUCUUAAUCAACCCCACAGAUGAAGCUGUCAGCCAAGAAGUACGCUUGAUGAUCACAGAUGCCGCAAGACACAAACUUUUAGUUCUGACUGGACAGUGCUUUGAAAAUACAGGAGAACUUAUUCUUCAGUCUGGAUCUUUCUCAUUCCAAAGCUUCAUAGAGAUCUUCACAGAUCAGGAGAUUGGUGAACUUUUGAGCAAUACACAUCCAGCAAAUAAAGCAAGCCUUACACUUUUUUGUCCUGAAGAAGGACAUUGGAAAAAUUCUAAUCUAGAGAGACACAAUCUUCAAGACUUCAUCAAUAUCAAACUCAACUCAUCUUCAGUUUUGCCUGAAAUGGAAGGACUUUCUGAAUUUACUGAAUAUCUAUCAGAAUCUGUAGAAAUACCGUCACCUUUUGACAUUUUAGAACCACCCACAUCUGGCGGCUUUCUGAAACUUUCAAAGCCAUGUUGCUAUAUUUUCCCUGGAGGAAAAGGAGACUCAGCUUUGUUUGCAGUAAAUGGAUUUAACAUGCUUAUAAAUGGUGGAUCUGAGAGAAAAUCUUGCUUUUGGAAACUCAUUAGACAUCUAGAUAGGGUGGAUUCAAUAUUGCUCACCCACAUUGGAGAUGACAAUCUGCCUGGUAUCAAUAGUAUGCUUCAAAGAAAAAUAUCCGAGCUUGAAGAGGAACAGUCUCAAGGGUCAACAGCCAACAGUGAUUGGAUGAAAAACCUUAUCUCUCCAGACCUUGGAGUUGUGUUUCUAAACGUCCCAGACAAUGUAAAAAAUCCAGAACCCAACUUUAAAAUAAGAAGAAGCAUAGAAGAGGCUAAUUUUACACUUCAGUACUUAAGUAAAUUGUCUAUGAAACCAGAACCUCUGUUCAGAAAUGUAGGAAACUCUAUUGAACCCAUUAUCUUGUUUCAAAAAAUGGGUGUAGGAAAGCUUGAGAUGUAUGUAUUGAAUCCAUUAAAGGCAAGCAAAGAGACUCAAUAUUUUAUGCAGCAAUGGUCAGGUAGUAAUAAAGAAAAAGCUGGCCUUGUCUUACCUAAUGGUCAAGAAGUUGAUGUCCCUAUAAAUUAUUUAACUUCAAUUUCCUCUCUUAUUGUAUGGCAUCCAUCAAAUCCUUCAGAGAAAAUAGUGAGAGUUUUGUUUCCAGGAAAUACAACACAAUACCAAAUACUUGAAGGCCUUGAAAAGCUCAAACAUCUGGACUUUUUAAAGCAACCUGUCAUUACACAGAAGGACCUAAGUGACAAUGUUUCAAGCCCUGCAGUAAAGCAGGCAAAGAUGAAGCAGAGAGCAGAAAGCAAAGAAAGUCUAAAAUCCACAAAAACUACCCCCAGCAAACCAGUGAAAAAAGAAUCAAAAGAAGAGUAUUCUGAAGCAGUAAAAGUCAGCCACCCCGAACAAGCUGAAAAGGAGGACAAGGAGAAAAUGUCUGCUAAAAAGCUUGUAAGAAAUGAGACUAAAUCCUCAACAAACCAAGAAGAAUCAAUAAUAAAAUCUGAAAAUGUGGACAAAGUAAAAGCUGACGUGAAGCCUAAAGUCAUAAAGGAAAAAGCUGUCAAAAAAGAAAUAAAAGCAAAAUCUGAUGAUGUAAAGAAAGAAGCAUCAAAGAAAGAAGAUAAAACGCCAGCUAAAAGGGAAGAUAAACUGAAGAAGGAAAUUAAAGAAGACACACCUAAGAAAGAGGUUAAAGUUAAGGAAGAAAAACCUAAAAAAGAUAUUAAGGUAGACAAGCUGAAAAGGGAAGUUAAGGACGAUAAAGUUAAAAAAGAGGUUAAGAAAGAAGUAAAGAAGGAGGAGAAAAAGGAGGUUAAAAAAGAUGUAAAAAGGGAAACUCCUCAGAAAGACUUGAAAAAAGUAGUAAAGAAAGAUGAUAAAGAGAAGAAGGAUGAGAAGGAUGCAAAAAUAGAAACCAAGAAACCUUCUAAAGAAACAAAGAAAGUGUCAGCAACUCCUGAUGCUAAAAAGCCUGCUGCUAAAGGAAAAAUACUAAAGAAAGAGGAACCUACUAAAAAAGAAGCAGCCUCUACAACCAAGAUGAAAGAAAAGACAAAAGUAAUAAAGAAAGUGACUGAGAAGAAGACACUGGCAGCUGCAGGAGCUGUUGCAGCUACAGCAGCAGUAGCUGCAGCAGGAGCAGCAGCAGCAGCAGCAUCUGUUCAAGCCUCCGCUAAAGCUGCUGAAAAUAUAGUAGAUCUAGUUUCACAAAGAUCCCUUAUGUCUUCCCCUGAAGAUUUAACAAAAGACUUUGAGGACCUUAAAGAUGAAGAAGGCAAAUUCAAUGAAGGGAGAACUCUCUUACAGGCACUGUCUCCUACAGAUGAAGCAGUUAUCGUACAGACUGACUCUUAUACUAUCAAAAAAGAUGAUGCUAGCACUGAAAAACCUGCAGAUUCACCAGAUGAAGGAAUAACUACUACAGAAGGUGAAUGUGAACAGACUCCAGAUGAAUUAGAAAUCAUUGAUAAACACAGAGGAGAUGAAAAUGACAAAUAUGAGGAUGAGGGGACUGGGCUUGAGGAAUCAUCAGAAGCUGGUGACUAUGAAGAAAAAGCAGAGACAGAAGAGGUUGAGGAACAAGUGGAAGAUAUUGAAGAGAGAGCUUCACUUGGUGAACACCCAGGCUUUGAGUUAGCUGAAACUGAUGAAACUGAGGAAGAGGCUGAUACAGAUGCAUUCCAACAUUUGAAAGGCAAGCAUGAUAGUCAUGAGGACUUUGCUGAUUCCGAGGCAGCAGAUGAACAAGCAGAGGAAGAUAUAGAGGAAACUGAAGAAGAAGAAGCAGAUGAAGACAGAACAGAUGACGCAAAAUAUGGUGAUCAGGAAUGCCACUAUAUUACUGCAACAAAAGACAAAUUUGAAGUUGUUAGUGACACUGAUGAUAAAUAUAUCUUGUCUUCUACACCAUCCAAGACAUCUGAACCCCAGUCACCUGCUGUAGAACCAGGAGCUUCUAUUCAUGAUGAGACAUUACCUGGAGGUUCUGAGAGUGAAGCAACUGUAUCUGACGAAGAAAACAGAGAUCAACCAGAGGAAUUUACUGCCACUUCAGGGUUUACUCAUUCAACCAUUGAAAUAUCUAGUGAACCAACUCCAAUGGAUGAUAUGUCAACACCAAGAGAUAUAAUGAGCGAUGAGACAAACAAUGAGGAAAGUGAAUCACCAUCUCAAGAAUAUGUCAACAUCACUAAAUAUGAAGCAAUUUUGUGUUCCCAGGAAUAUGACAAAACAAGGGUAUCCCCAAUACUCAAUGCAUUGAAUAGUUUGUCUGAUGUUUCGAAAACUGAUGCUACUGAUGGCAAGGAAUACAAUGCUUCAGCUUCAACAAUCUCACCACCUUCAUCUCUCGAAGAAGAUAAAUUCUCCAAAUCAGCACUACGUGAAGCUUAUAUGUAUGGAAACACUGAUGCAAAAAGUCCUGCAAAUCUAGAAAUACAAGAUGAUUAUGAGCUGGGAGAAAAUCUAAGUCCAAGUAAGAGUCCGGCACCUCCAUCACCAAUUUCUAAAACACCAUUAAGUGAACGAAGUGUUAAUUUUGACCUUACCCCUAAUGAAAUUAAAACUUCUGAAUUAGGCAUCUUACCGCCUUUGCAUGAUGAAGUGCAAGAAGUAACAGAACAAUGUCCGAGUCCAGAUGAUAAAACCUUGGAGGUAGCGUCUCCUUCUCCAUCUGCUGCUGGAAGUGCUGGUCACACACCUUACUACCAGUCACCAACAGAGGAAAAAAGUGCAAACCUUUCGACAGAGAAUAUAGAGAAGUCAUCUGUCCAUGUUGUGUUUGAAUUCUGUGCUGAUAAAGAAAAGAGUGAAAGCCCUAGAAUAAGUCCCAUGGAUGAGCCAGUGCCUGAUUCUGAAUCUCCAAUUGAAAAAGUUCUAUCCCCAUUACGCAGCCCUCCAUUAAUUGGAUCAGAAACACCCUAUGACAUAUUCUUGACCUGUAAUGUUAAGUCAUCUCCUGGACAAGCUAUUGUUGGUGACAAUGGACAUUCUUCCUCUCAGAUUAGUCCUGAUGCUCUACAAGAGAAGCAUGAUCUUUUGUCAAGUAAAGCAUUUGGUAUAGAAACUGGUAGUUUUGAAACUAGAAGUAUGACAUCUAAUGGUGGGAAAAUUGUAGGAGAAUUGUCUCCCACCCAGAUAAGCACUAACCCAUUCAUUUUGUUUAAGGAGGACACAAAGAUGUCUAUUUCUGAAGGCACUGCCUCUGAUAAAUCUGCCACUCCAGUAGAUGAAAAUGUUGCAGAAGACACUUACUCUCACAUAGAAGGUGUUGCGUCAGUUUCCACAGCUUCUGUUGCUACCAAUUCAUUCCCAGAACCAACUACAGAUGAUGUUUCCCCUUCUCUUCAUGCUGAAGUUGGGUCCCCACACUCCACAGAAGUAGAUGACUCCUUAUCGGUCUCUGUUGUUCAGACACCCACCACAUUUCAAGAAACAGAAAUAUCACCAUCUAGGGAGGAAUGUCCCCGUCCAAUGUCUAUAUCUCCACCUGAUUUCUCACCUAGAACAGGAAAAUCCACAUCCUUACUCCAAGAACAAAGAUCACCAGAGCAAUCAACCAUGGAGUUCAGUCAAGAAUCACCAGAGCAAUCUUUUGCCAUGGACUUUAGUAGACAAUCACCAGAACACCCUGCAUUAGCUUCUAGUGUGCUCCAUAUAUCAGAAAAUGGACCAACUGAAGUAGAUUAUAGUCCAUCUGACCAACAUGACUCUUACUUUGGUAAUAAAAUUUCAACAGACAACGGAUAUUAUACUGCAGACAAAAAGCAAGAAAAAGCAGCAGCUGAAUCCCAGGUGGAGGCAUCACCAUCCACUUCCUCUGGACACACACCUUCACAAACAGGUUCUCCUUUGAAAGAAGAAGACUCAUUAAAAGAUGUAAUUCAAAAUUCAGAUUUGCCACUUUACUCACCACCAAUACUUGAGCAGGAAUAUUUUAUGCAAGGAAAGCUCUCUCCUGAAACAGAUGUUUCUCCCUUAACACCAACUCCAUCAUCAUUGAGACAGUCCCCUGGUGUAGAUGAGCCGUCAUCUACCAAAAAUGAUCUUUCAAUGGAUUAUGGCUCAAUAGCCUCAUCUCUACCAAUUUCUUCUGAAGAGUCAUUUAGUUAUCAGGCCAGGGCAGUAAAAGAACCCCCAUUUUUACAUAAUACAAAUCCAUUUGCUUAUUCAGCAGAUUUAGAUGACAGAAGUAACAAAUGUGAGGUUUAUAGCUAUUCUAGUGAAAUGAAUGAUAGAUUUUCCAUAUCUGACAAGUCACCUUUUGCUGAGAACCGACAAGAAGUUGAUUUAUGUCUUGUUUCUGCAUGUGAGUAUAAACACCCCAAAACAGAGCUGUCACCGUCUUUCAUUAACCCAAAUCCAUUAGAAUGGUUUGCAAGUGAAGAGCAAACUCAGGAGCAAGACAAGCCAGUAACUCAACUUGGAGGAGGCCAGCCACCUUCAGGAGGAAAACAGAAAGGGCGUCAAUGUGAUGAGACUCCUCCAACCUCAGUUAGUGAAUCAGCCCCAUCUCAGACAGAUUCAGAUGUCCCACCAGAAACUGAAGAAUGUCCUUCCAUAACAGCAGAUGCAAACAUAGAUUCUGAAGAUGAAUCUGAGACUAUCCCUACUGAUAAAACUGUAACUUAUAAACAUAUGGACCCGCCUCCAAUUCCCAUGCAGGACCCAAGCCCUUCUCCUAGGCACCCAGAUGUCUCAAUGAUGGAUCCAGAAACUAUGCCUGUUGACCAGAAUUUAGGUAAGCCCUUGAAAAAAGAUAUCAAAGAAAAAGGAAAAACCAAGAAAGUAGGAGGAAAAACCAAAUCAUCUUCUCCAGCCAGAAAAACUGAUAGCAAAUCUAAGAUUUUAGCUACUUCACCAAAACCUGGGCCAAUCAAAGAAAGUUUGGAGAAAAGUUCCAAGACUGUUGCUCCAAAAAAGAAAGAUUCAGUAGAGAAGGGUCCAAAAAGUGGUUCAAUUACCGACCCCAAAUCAGCAAAGGUAGAAGAGAAAGAUAAAGAAACCAAGAAUGCAACUAAUACAAAUGCAACAAAAUCAACUAAAACUGGAUCUACAGGAAGUGGAGCUACCAAGACAACAAAAUCAGCCGCAGUGCCCCCAGGACCUCCAGUGUACCUCGACCUGGUAUAUAUACCGAAUCACAGCAGCAACAAAAAUGUUGAUGUGGAGUUUUUCAAACGAGUGCGAUCCUCAUAUUAUGUAGUGAGUGGAAAUGAUCCUGCAGCUGGAGAACCAAGCCGGGCUGUCCUAGAUGCUCUUCUGGAAGGAAAAUCUCAGUGGGGAAGCAAUAUGCAGGUCACACUUAUCCCAACUCACGAUUCAGAAGUGAUGCGAGAAUGGUACCAGGAGACACAUGAAAAACAACAGGACCUUAAUAUUAUGGUACUAGCGAGUAGCAGCACGGUCGUUAUGCAAGAUGAAUCCUUCCCAGCAUGCAAAAUUGAACUGUGAGAUCACUGCCCACUCCUUUACCCUAACACAGUGAUUACCAGAAAUGUCACCCACAGAUUAGAACUACCUUCAGAACUAUAUCUUGCCCACUGCUAGCCUGUGUCACAGCGACACAGAUGUCAGUAAUAUAUUAUCUCCAUGGCAAACUAUAAAGCUCACGUCACUGCAAGCUCUGCUGUCCAGGUUUAAUAUACAGGUUUGUAGGACAUGCUCUUUUACACAUUCAUUCAGCUUAGUCCAGGAUGGGAACUUUUUCUUCAAGACAGUAAGAGAGACCUGGAGAAGAAGGACCUGUGCGAUGGCUCAUGACUGUGGCAUCUCUCCGUCAGUACUGAUGGGCUAAUUUCUACAUACAUUUUUGUUAUACAUUGUCAUUUGCAGGUACACAACUAGGGAUCUGCAAAUUGGAGGCAGGAGGACAGUUGGUUACUAUCAGUGUUUGGUGUCUUAUUGUAACAGGGCCUGAGUUUUGUUCCCUCCUUCCUUCAAAACAGGUGCUAAAAUUGGCAAAAAAAAUGAAACAAAACAAAAAAAAAUUCAACGGCCCAACCACUUCUAAUAUUGGUUAUAUGUGUUAGUAGUAUACCUGCUAUAGUCAUGCCAUGAUAAACAUACCUGUACAGGGUGGAAGAAAAAAAAGCAUUGUGUCUGAGGCAUACUCCCGCUAAAUUCAUCUUACCAAAUCUCAACAUUUCGCACAUUGUGAAUCACAGUCGGUACACAGAAGCAAAAAACCAAAGCACUCGGGAGUACAUUUGGUAGCUAAUUUGCCUUAGGAAGUGACUUGAAUGUACAAAUAUACUUAAUGCACUUAUUUUUUAACUUCAGUCAGCAAGUGUACAAAAGUAUGCAAGGUCGUCAAUUCAGAAGUGUGUGCAUGCUUUGCAGGGUGGCAAUUGCUUCGCUGACGGAACACACCAGGGCGACCAUUAUUCUACUGCGUUAAUACACAAUAUGAGUGUCUGAUGAUUGCUUUGCCAGGCAAGUUGAAGAUUCAGUGGUCCUUUUCUUUUGAUCCUUGUUGGCCCGACCUUCCCAUGUUACCUUUGUUUUUACGUAGAUUUCCUGGACGAUGUACAGACCCCUUUUUAAUAUUUAUAAACUACAAACUUCAUUUAGGUUUUUGAUUUCACAAGCAGAUUUAUUUGCUUGCCUUGGCUGUAUGACAUUCCUUUUAGAGGAGUAAGGAAAGGAAAAUUUCAGAUUUUAAGAGUGGUUACUGGUAGUUUUUUCUUCUUAUUCUUCUUAUACCUGGUACAAACCUUUACUCCCAGUAUUGAAUAUUAGUGGAUGGCAAAGACAUUGCAUAUAAUUCUUCCAGGUAUCAUUGACGCUGAAUUCGUUUUAUCUACAGAACAAAAGGAUUUGUCCAAGAUCAGAAAACAAGGAUCCAUUUAUUUUAUUGCUACGUUUGUCCAUGGGCUUGGUCUGGUAUUGCAUCUUAUGGCUGUUCUUUUCACUGUGGCAGAGCUGCAAUGCCAAGCACGUCCCAUGGACAAGGGUGGAACUGUUUCUUUGAAAACAGAGCCUUUUAAAAAAAAAAAUCUAGACAUCCCCUUUAAUCGCAGUCAGUUGAGGAGGUUAUAUGAAUUUGCCUCAUUCUUAUGAGCACUGGUCACUGAACUGUAGCUCUUUGCAAAACUACAAUUCCCAGCCAUAAACUGUCAGGUCAUGCUGGGAGUAGGUCUGCAACAUCUGGAGGGCUUCAGAUUGUGGCCAUUGCUUUUGAUGGGCUACUUUCUCAUAAACAUUGUCACAUGAAGUGGUAGGUGGUUGCUUCCUACAGUGCAUGGGUUGGGAGUGCAUCUUAUGGCUUUUGCUUAUACACAUGACAAGACCAUGACUGCAGCUUUAUCAGCGAAGGUAUCGAAACGUAAAGAUUUUAUUGGAUAAAUCAAUGCUUUAAGUUAUUUAAAUGCACUGUCCUAUUCACGAUUUGUGAUGCCACUGAAUUGAUGUGUUUUUGUGUUAUAAUUUGUCAUAUAUUUAUUUUAUACUAUAUUAUUUGCACUGUUAUGUCUGGUACUGUUUUGGACUUGUUUAGUCCAGUUAAUGCUGUGAAUUAGGACAUUUUUUUUGUAAUAAGCAAUGAUAUUUAUUGCUUUGCUAUGUAUGUAAGAUCAUAUAAUAGUUUGCUGUUUUGGAACAGAUUCUGGUCAUAGGAAUCAACUUUUUUUUAAAUACUGGAUGGUAAGGAUAAAGUAAAUGGAAUGCACUGGAAUGUAACAUACACAGUUAAUUCUGCCCUACAGGUGGGUUCACUUGCACUGCCCAUUUAUAUGUUACAUGGGGAAACACAAAAGUCAUGGUAAAAACGGAGUUGCCGCACCCAAUAUCUCCUCGCUCAUCAAAUAUGGCCUACCAUUAGAUCUCAUUAACUUGCUUGUAACACUUAGUCAAGCAAGUACCUUCAACUUGCAUGUGAGGUUCUGCUAGCAAAAUACAGAUUAAGCUGGAUUUUCACAUUCAGGUUUUUAUGAUGAAAUCUCUGAAGCCAAAGCCAGGGAAGUAUUCAGGAAGAAGAGAAGAUUCAGCCUUUCCUUUAAACAUGUCCAUUUAUGAUCUACUCCUGGCUUUUGCUUCAAAAACUGCAUUAAAAAAAACUGAGCGUGAAAACUGAGGCAUACAGAGCUGUUUGUGGUCAUCCUAAAAUGCAAAAAGUUCAUGAUUUGUUCCACCAGGUAGACAUUCAAACUGCUACUUAUUGGCACGCACAUAUUUAUCGAAAUGGAUCUACAGUUCUUAAAAGUAUUGUAAAAAAUUAGAAAAAGAUGACUACUUUAUUCCAAAGACAGCACCACUAUGGUCUGUAGGUUGUGUGUGGUAUAGAAGAUCAGCCACAUUCACAUCAACGUGGAUGAGUUGUAGUACCAGACAAGAAUGGCGCUGUAUUUGGAUGAAAGCUUUUUUUCAAUUCAAUAUAAACCUUUUAAAAUGUAGCAUUGGUUCACUUAUGUACUAAAUACAUGAUACCGUAUGUUGAGAUCUAGCAUUUCAAGUAUGGAGAGUUGCUUACAAUAGUCAAAACCAUGAGGUCCCAAAGUGCUUUGACAAGUCUUGGCCAAGAAGGAUUGGUAACUGGAAACCUGUCAAAAGACUUGUUCACGGGCAGAAUCUACAAUUCAAAGCCUGUUGAAUCAAACAUGUAGGAGCAGAAGCAUAAUAAAACUUUUCAGGGAAGCUAUUCGAGCACUAUGUAAUUACACGCCAUGUAAGUGAUGGAAACUCGUGACAAGUGACCACGCCUGCAUUCAAUGUACAGUGCAUACUUAUUUCCUGAGCAUGCUGAAUUAAAAGGCAACGUAUUCACUUUAUAAAAGAAAUCACCAGAGAGGAUUCCUCUUUUUGCCUUUACUGGUCAAUUCAUGUUACUUAGCCUUUAACUAAUUGUGCCACAUAAAAUAUCCUUUGCAUCCUUAAAACAGGUGUCAGUGUAAAUAUUCUCGGUAUUAGCAACAGACGGCUAUUAGAAUUAUGAACAUUAAUAGACUUUUUUUUUCUGAUGCCACCAAAUGUAUUGUAUGUUUUGUAGGAAUACAGAGUGAUUGCAGGACAAUAACGUCUCCUAUGUAUAGAUCACAUUCCAGAUGAUAAAAGUAGAGUUUUAUUCUUUGUAACUGUAUUAUGAAGGGGUACAAGAUAGUGAAUGAAAGCUGAUGUUUCAUGUAAAUGGUCCAGAUUUUACUCAUAGGAAAAUAGAUUAAUACUGCAACUUAUUUUAGGCCUGUCAUUGGCACAUGGUGGGAGCCACCACAUGUUCUCCCCUGGAGGACGGGAUUAGUUGUAUGUGAUCAUGACACCACUGAGAUGACUGAAGGGUUGUACAGAACAUUCAGUCAACCAGAAAACAGGAACAUGGCUUUCUUGUUUGGUGAUAUAGGCAGAACGGAUGUAUGUACUAGUACAGCCAUGUUACAGCCGCACCACAAGAACAUCUCAUGGUUCAACAGAACCAUACUUAGAUCACCACUUGGUUCUAUGGUGAACUCAUUUUGGUUCAGCUGAACCGCAGGGAUUCUGGGUGUAGCAGCUGUGUUAUGGAUGCUAAAAUGUGUUGUUUUAGGCUACGUUCACAGUAGCGUUUGGAAUCCGGUAGUCUGGUCCAGCUGAGGAUCAGGCUACUGGUGCUCCGCUAUCUGGCAUUGCCAGAUAUGACCAUGUUCUGCUGGAUCCCCAUAGACUGUGAUCCAGAUGCUUUUCCAGCAUAAAUGCUGGGUUUAGGCAGGACAAUAACCAUUGCAUGCAACAGUUUUUGGUCAGCUGGCAUUUGGGCCAGAUCAGCAUGCUUCAGAUGUGAACCUGGCCUUAGGGGACUAACUGCGUAUCAUCAGCAUUAAUGCCUACCAGUCUUCUGUGUGUAGGUCUAGCUUCACACUAAUCUUGAGCUACCCACAUCAGUGCAUACAGCUUGAUGUCCAGGGUGCGUUUCACUGUGUGCUUGACAAGUUCAGUGCCAGGAAACAACUGGAAUUCUUGGAUAUAGCAUUUGUCAUUUUACUUUAUAACAGACAUAACAUUUAGGUAGUUCCAGGCCAGUGACACUACCCUUACCAUUAAGGACCAUCCAACGAAGCUAUGCUAUAGACUGGGAUGAAUAUGAUUAUUUGCAUACCCAUUAAAGACUUAUUACAUCAUACCAUUUUAUUCCAAUAGCAAUUGAACAAAAUACUAAGAACAAACCUAGAUAUACACUUCUAACUCCUCAGUGAAAUAUACGAUGGCUGACAGGCUUUGUUCAUAGUUUUGGAUAAGACGUUUAACAAGGGUGAUUCUAGAAGAAGUGAAUAUAAAGGAUUCACACAAGCUUCUCCGCACUACUAUAGCUUCAGGCUUCGGAUGCCAAGGAGCCGGUGUAACAUUCCCUCAAGACUGGGCUAUUAUAACAAGGAAUAAUUGGCAGCAAUGAACUAUGCUAAUGCUAACACGUAUGCAUGCUGCGGUCUAUCUUCCAACUCUUGGACAGGAUCAGUCUUGUGGCUGGCUGGGAAGGUCCUCACUCCUCUCUCGUUCUGAAUGGUGUUUGUGUCAGUCUGCAGCUGUGUAUGGUAUCGUCUUAUAAUCCCGCAUCACCUCUAUUCUACCGAUUCAUAUCUAAUGUAGAACAUUAGUUUACAGUGAAGUAAUAUGUAGUGCUUUUAUGAUAUUUGUGUGCAAUACCCCACUUUCACUGAGGAUAUUUGAUGUAAAGGAAACAAACUUGGUUCCUCAAUAAAUAAAAAACGAUCAAAU